UUAAACUUAAUUUAAGUCACUCCCGUAAUGUUAAUCAAUAGACAUUAUAAAUAUGAAAGCGAAAAAAUACUCGUCAAGAGUUAAGUAAAAGAUUAUUAAGGAAAGAAAAUGACACUUCAUUUUAAUGUUAAGAGCACUAGCUUCUGUUCAUAAACAUUUAUGAAGAAUUAUUCAGAACUGAUGAAAGUUUUUCCACUUAAAGAAGUAACACGUUAAAAGUAGGUUUCAAAUGAUUAGACUGUGUAGUUCAAUAAAUUAAGGAUGAUAUGUAUGGACAUAAUUAGAAGAUGUAGAUAAACGUAAAACAUUCUUUAAUGAUGGAGAAAAUAUGAAAAAAUGCCAUUAACAGAUUAAAUACAAAGGAGAAGUUGGAAAAUUCUUGGAACUAUGAUGGUGAAAGUUUGCCCAUCGUCACCCUGCAUCGAUACAUUUUAUUAUCGACAAGAAUUUUGAAUUGAAGUACAUUAUCAAAGAAUGUUGCCUUGAUAAGUCGAGGAACGGGCAUUGUUGAAAAAGACUAAAAUAUACACACGUUUUACUUCAAUGUCUAAUGGACAAUAAGACAAAAUGUCACUCAGUAAGCUAUCUAUUUCAUUGCGAGAAAAAGUAAACCCCUUUUCUGUGGAAGCAGAUUCCCUUCUUAAAACGAGAUGUAUUUCCUGCAGAAAAAAAGAAAGACUAUUAAGGUUUACAGACUUACGAAGAGGAGACCAUAUCUGUAUGAAUGGCAAAAUGUUCAUGCUUGGUAUUGGCGGGAAACAAGUAGCUGCAUACACACAUCAUGCGCUCGUGAAAUCCAUUCAAAUUGUAGGCAGCGCCACUGCACUUGUGACUUUGAUUCAUUUCUAUACUACGCCAUACGAUAUGACCAUUUGUAUUCAAGAAACAACAGAAAUUUUUGACCUUCAUUAUCAUGAAAUAAAUAUUAUUCGAUAUCGAUAUAAAACGCAUGAACCAGAAAUUAUCUUAGAACGGGCUGAGCGGCUAUUAACUCAAAAUAAGCAGGCGAAAUAUUCUGUAUUUUCGUGUAAUUGCGAACAUAUUUGUAAUUGGUGCUGUGUAGGAAAUGCGAAAAGCUUUCAAGCAGAGAGUGCAAAAGAUGCUUUGUCUGGUAUUUUAUCAGGCAUUGCAAACGUUGGAGGAAAGACCUUAGGCGUUGUUUGUAAACUGCUUUUUAUGUCAUUAGAUGAUGUUUCAAAGCUUACGUCAUCUUAUUUAAUAAAUGUUCCCUGGGGAACACUUGCAGUUAUUGCAAUUCUAUAUCUGUUAUAUGUUGUAUAUCAGAAUAUCAAACUUGAUGAGGAAAGAAAGGCAGGAAACAUUUGCUAUGCCUGUGCACACCGUAAAAAGGUUGACAUUUGGCUUCAGUUUAUUGCUUAUUGCGGGUUACAAGUCGGUGGACUCGGGUUAUUAUCACUGGUCAUUUCUGCUGGAGCAUCACAUGGUAUUGUGCUAGGUUCCUUAAUUGCAUGCAGUGUUUUAUCAUUAGUAUGCUUAGCAAAUGCUCCAAAGUUUCGAAAACUUUGCCUGACACCUUUCCAAGGUCGUUAUCGGGAGAUUAAAAGUUUGAGGGACAUCUGGAUUGGUGACGUUAUUUCUUUCAAACAAUGGCACUUGAGACAUUCUUGCAUAAUAAGUGGUAUAGAAUUUUCGCCUGGAACAGUUUACAGACGGGGAAAAAUCAAGAUAAUACAUUAUUCUCAACCAAGCACAUUUGGUCGAAGGAAAAUCAUUGAAGAGGAAGUACUACUUGAUCUCGAACAUGACACUAUCUUAGGACAUGAUUAUUCGGGAUAUAAUGUACAUGAUCCAGAAACUGUUGUUAAUAGGGCGAGACAAAGGCUCGGUGAAACGAAGUUCAAGUUGACUUCCAAUCGUUCUUGCCAUUUUUGCCACUGGGCGAAAAUAGUUGAAAGUACAAUAGAAGAAAGUACAAAGGACUGUGAUGACGUAGAACAUGCAGUCUUUUAUCUAAAAGAAGUGGACCCAAGAGAAACAACGUCUAAAUUACCAGAUCACUCUGUACAUAUCGACCAUACAAGAGGAAGAAAGAGGGCAAGUAAGGCGAUUCGUAAAAUGUGUGUCCGGAUAAGGGACGAGAUAAAAGCAGGAGAGCUUAUUGAGUAUAAAUCAUGUGGACUUACACAUAAAGCAAUAACGACCGAUGUACGAUUUCAUGCCAAGAAAGUUUCAGAUGUGUUUGUUACACUUGUUCAUUAUGGAAACGACAAGAAAAUCAAAGAGGAAACCGUUGAGUUUGAUCUCAAUCGUCAAGAUGUUUGGAUUCAUAAAUACCAUCCUCUGUAUCGAUACAGUAAAGAGCAUAUCAUACGUCGCGCUCGAGCCAGAAUAAAUGAAGGGAACUACAAUGUUAUAUGUUACCGAUCUUCUCAUUUUAGCAAAGAAGUUGUGGAAAAGGGCCAUGUUUCAACUGUUUUGGACAUUAGGGAUAUCAAACCUGGCGACGCUAUUCUAUUCCCUGCCAAGUCAUUUUUGAAAGAGGCAAUUGUCAUCAACGUAACCAUUGGAGAUUCAAUACAAACUUCUGUUGGAGAACUAGACAUCAUUCAUUAUGCUUUUAAAAAUUGUAUGCCUCCUCUAACAGUAAAAGAAGAAACUAUUUCUAUAGAUUUGCAGAAAGAAAAAAUAUGUGUGCGUAACUACGAAGGCUAUAUCACUUAUCCUCCAGAUAAAGUAAUUAAGCGAGCGAAGUCAAGGUUAGGCGAGCAACGUCAUUCAAUUUGCAGGACAACUUCAGAAGAUUUUGUACAUUGGACGAAAGUUGUUCAAUAUCCAACAGAGAUUACAGAGUUAAAAAAAUUAUCGGAUACAGAAUCACGCACUUCUCUGCUAAUUCCAAAAGCUGGUGAGUACAAGAAAGGUUUGCAGCGUUUUGGAGUUUGGACAUGGGACGAAUUAUUUCCUGGUAUGAUGGUAGAAUACCGGGAAAACUUGUGUAAGACUCAAGGCAUAAUUUCUGACGUCGAUGUAAAAAGUCAAACUAUCAAAGUCAUCAAAUAUGGUUCGGAUGGAAUUUUGUAUCCAAUGAUCAUCAUGGAAAAGAGUGUUAAAUUAAAUAUUCACCGUGAUGAUAUUUGUACUUACCGUGGGCAUCCAAGAAAAAGCUUUAAAUCGAGUGUCGUGAUUGCUAAUGCUUUAAGACGAUUAGGUGAGAAGAAAAAUGGAAAAUCUUCCUGGGACUUUUGUAAGGAAUGUCUAGUCAAACCAAUGCAACUGUAAAUUAAACCGAUCAUAUACCGAUCGCGACAAGCUAUGAGUUUAAUUAAUUAAUACAACUUUGAAUCUUAGUGCCGACGGUAACGUUUUCAACAAUUUAGAAGUGUUCACAUUAAUACUUGAAAAGUUGGUUAAAAAUUAAGUUUAAAAAAACUGUCUAUAAUAGAUAGAUAACGAAUUUCUCAAUACCUGGGGUUACUAAAAUAAUAUGUUUAUGUUAUGUACAUAAGGGGUUGUUUGAGAACAGUGAUUUGGAGAAUAAGAUGCAUUAUCAUUUUCGAUUAUAGAAACAUUUUUAAGCUAAAAUUGUGUUAACAAAAGCUGGUUGUCUCUUAAUUAUCAUACGUCUAGUGUUCUGAAGCGUGAUUUGAACCAUAUCGAAACUCUGAAGAAGAUCAGAAAGAAGGUCGUGUGCAUUUAAUUAUUUUUUGCAUUCAUUUCACAAGUUCUGAUUUAGAAAUUGUAAUAAAUCGAUACAUUUUUCAAUAUGAUGUCUUUUGUUAUGUUUUGACAUUAAAUUGUGCAUACGUUAUUCGUGGACAGGAAUACGAGUAAUAGACAAAUUGAUAGUUAGACGGAAGUGAUUAUUUAAAAAGUGAGGCAUCUGUUCAAAUAACUUACUAUAUAUUGCGCUCACUAGACCUAAAGAAAAAUAUUUCCAGACCUGUGUUAUGUCACACAUUCUGUCGAGUCCUUUUAUAGUUGGUGUUAAAAUUGUAAAUACAUGUACAUGUGCAGUGUGCGCUGUAUGCUGAUACUCCGAAUAUUUAGAAAAUACAAGAAAUUAUCAUAUA